UAGCCCACGAUGGCAUCGCAGGGAAGCAUACAAGAUCGCAACAGUCUCGAGAAGUACAUUCGCCAGCUGGCGAUGAAGGCCGCACAGAUCAUUGUGCAAUCACGGUUGGGCGAGAAAAUUGCCACGGAAAGCAAUCCCAACUCCACGUCAUCGGAUUGGUUCAACAUCUCCAUCACAGAUCAACAAUCGAUUCUUGAUGUGCUCGUCGAAACUAAGAAAAUUCUACAGGAUGGUGGACAACACGAAUCGAUCACCACACGGUUGCCACUGUGUGUAGAAAUUUCGCUCCAAACGGCUGAAGGUGGUAGCAUGAUAUUGGAGUUUUGGACGCUCAGCAUCAGAACGGACCAAACGAACGCACCCCAGCGGGCCAAUCAGGUGAUCUACAACCGUAUGAGCCUGCUGCUAAAGUCACUGCUGUCAGUCACACGAGUUACGCCAGCCUAUCGAGUGUCGCGCAUGAAACGCACCGAUUCGUACGACAUCUACUACCGGAUCUAUAAAGGCGAGCCUCAGACGAAUCUGUUGGGCGAAGGUUACAACCAGGUUCGCGUCGGACAGUUGUGCACACAGAUCGGAACGCUAAACAUGGCAGUGGCCUACCGGACGAAGAUUACGUUCUCACCAACCCAAACCGGACGCGACAACACGAUCAUGAUGAAGAGCGAUCACUUCCUGAAGGAUAUUAGCCCAAAGCAUGUUCGUUACAACUACAACAAGAAAGUCGAGAAAAAGGUUAUCGAUUUGGACAAACCGAUGCGUUGCGGUGCCUUCGUAGAUGCUUCGCGUGUAAAAAAGCCCACCGAGGACGAUUACACACUGCCCGAAACGCCACCAUUCAGCUGGCUGCUACCGAAGCCGCGGGACGAAAGCGCAUUCCGUGACUGUGGCGAGGAUCGGGUAUCGCUUCACUCACCCACCAACGUGGACGAAAACUGCUCCAACAAUGCAAACAAUCUCAACAACAACAACAACACCAACAAAGGAUCUUACGAAUCGAACAGUGGUGCCGCCGGUCCGUUGCAUUUCCGAUUGUCCCAAUCGCCCAAAGGCAACAGCACGGCACCGGGCACUGAAGCGAUGGCCGUACCGGGGGCAACCGUUGCGAUCCCCUCGACCGGUACGUCACCGCCGAGCUCGUUGGGUGCUGGUGGUGAGCUGCGGCGCUCCUCCCGGUGGUCGAUACGGCGCGAUCCGUCCGAGAAUGAUCGGAUGCUGAAGGAGCUACAGUUUGCGUUUGCCGAAACGACGGCCCAGGGUGAGCUGGCGAAGUUUUUGCGCGAAUGUUCCAAUGUGCCGUCGCUGCAGGAGUUUGGUAUGAUGCGUUCGAGCGGCGAGGACACGAUUACGGAGGAUGAAAAUAUGGACGGUAGCCGGAUACUGACCGAGGCCGACACGUGCCCGGACAGUGGGGAGGAGGAUGAUGUGCUGAAUGACCUUACCCGCCAGCUGGAACAGUUCGAAACGUCCCUGCCGGAGUAUGAAUAUCUGGUGUCGUCGCUCUGUCAGUCGAUAGACAGCAAUUCGAAUAGCUAAGCGCGCUUCGUCCUGGGUGCGGAGAGA